AUGGUUGAGAUUCUCAAACGGGCUUGCGCCUCUCUCAAGGGCCCGGCGACACCUCCUACUAAUAUCAUACUACCCAAGGGCCAUCGCCGGCAGCCCCAAAAUCGGCCUCUCCCAGUUCCUAUUUGUUUUGACCAUAACCAGCCCUUCUCCAUGAGAGAUAACGUCACCAUUCGAGCCGACAUCUAUCGACCCAUAGAUUCCGGCCCGGUUCCCGCUAUCAUCAUGUGGAGUCCUUACGGCAAAUCGGGCUCGGGUAAUAUAAACCUGGCAUCGUUCCCGUUCCGCUGCGGCAUCCCGGAAUCUUCGCUUUCAGGAUACGAGUCAUUCGAAGGACUGGACCCGGCCGAGUGGGUGGGCCGAGGAUAUGCCAUUGUCAACGCCGAUGCGCGCGGUUCGGGCGACUCCGAGGGCGACAUCCGUUGGUGGGGCCGGGGAGAGGGUGCGGACGGUCAUGACCUGGUAGAGGCCAUCGCCUCCCAGCCAUGGUGCUCAGGCCGCGUGGCCUUUGCGGGCAACUCGUGGCUCGCCAUCGCCCAGUGGUUCAUUGCUAGCCAGCGGCCGCCUCACCUGACCUGCAUCGCGCCCCUCGAGGGUACAUCUGAUAUGUACCAGGAGCAGCUGUGUCGAGGUGGAAUCCCUGAUGUUGGUUUCGCCGGGCUCAUUGCUCAAAUGAUACCUGGUCGGCAGCAGCAGGAGGACGUGGUAGCCAUGCUCGGCAAACACCCCGACUACAACAACGAGUACUGGCAGGACAAACGCGCCGAGCUCGGCCUUAUUCAGGUCCCGGCAUACAUCGGCGCGAGCUACUCUACCAACCUCCACACGCUAGGUUCCUUUCGAGGGUUUGAAGAGAUUCCCCACGAGAAAAAAUGGUUGGUGGUACAUGACACGCAAGAGUGGUACGACCUCUACAGCCGAGAGCGCACCGAGGACCUCGCGCGUUUCUUCGACUUCUACAUGAAGGACGCCAAGAACGGAUGGGAAGAGACUCCGGCCGUCCGCCUCUCGCUCCUGGGCUUCAACGUUCCCAACGAGACCCAGUCGCUGCCGCAUCUACCCUGGCGGGCGCCAGGCGCGGAAAGGGUCAAGCUCUACCUAAACCCCGACCAGACCCUCGGACCGACGGCGCCGCCGCGGAGCUCCGAACCAGCCGUCCUCGACUACCAGGCGGACGCGCCCACCCGACAGACGGGCGACGACGCGGGCGAGCUGGCCUUCACGUACACGUUUCCCAGCCGGACCAUCCUGGCGGGGCCGAGCACGCUGGUCGUGCACGUGGCGUCGGAGCAGCAGGACGACCUGGACGUGUGGGCGCAGCUGCGCAAGGCCUCGGCCGACGGCGCCCUGCUGCAGAGCCUCAACGUGCCGCUGGGGGAGCUGGACGGCGUGUCGUCGCCCGCAGAAGUGCCUGACGUGUGCACGCUCAAGCAUCUCGGCCCGAUAGGGAUGCGGCGCGUGUCGACGGCGGGGGCCGGGCCUGCCAGGCCCGGCGACGUGGUCAGGCUCGAGGUGCCCAUAGAGCAGGGCGGUAUGGUCUUUGAGGCGGGCGAGAAGCUCGUCCUCAAGCUGGCGGGACAUGACAUGCGGCUCGUCGACCUGCUGGUGCUGCAGGGUUCGUUCAAGACGACGAAUUGCGGGAAGCAUUUUGUUCAUUUCCAGGCAGACAGGCCUAACUAUCUUGAGGCGGCCUGGCGGAACGGUACAGUCGGUCCAAAGGGUCAGGGCACUCUGGGCAAGUCAGGUCAGGGUCCAUGUGACCACAAUCUUGCCGGGCCCCAAACCGGCGCGCCCACAGAAAACUACCCCGCCCCAACGAACCACCCGACAAACCACAGCUCCAGUCCGUCGGGUGUCAUGGACCCAACGAGCUACAGCUCCCACAGCAGAGCUCCGGCCGAGGCCGCACGCGCAGAAUUAUGUUUUACCGAGGGCGGAGCUCAAGUUUAUGGGACUGGAGCCCAUCCUCAUCCCACCAGGGAAACCUUGUCCCUGAGCAGCAGCAACCCCAGCCUCGGCAAAAGCGACGACGCCGUUCGUAGUAAUGCCAGCGCCGACGGCUCCGGUCAGAACAACAUUGCACAUCAUCUAGAACCAUACGCCAUCACCGAUGAAAUAGAGGCCCCCAAUGGCGCAGCAAUGUCUCCCUCAGCCACAGCUCCCCCGACGACGACUACUCUCCCCCCGCUCCAGAUGACGAGGCCCCGCACCGCGACCUCAACGGCCGAGAUCGACAGCACCAUCAGCAGGCCCGGCGCCGUGCGCAUCAACGUGAAGGGAGCAUUUAUUGUGGACGGCUCACAAACCCCGGCCACUCCGUCCGGGAAUUGCAAUGGCAAUGGCUUGUUGACUGGGCGCAGUUCGCCCGACCACCACCAGACCCAAGAUAUUCGACUCCCGAACCACACGGCCGUCGUGAGCCAUGUCGCCAUUGACAUUGGUGGCUCCCUCGCCAAACUAGUCUACUUCUCGCGCGAAGCCGAUUCCACGGAUCCUGGCGGCCGCUUGAACUUUACCAGCUUCGAGACGGACAAAAUUGAGGAGUGCUUCUCCUUCAUGCGCCGGCUGCGUGACGAGCAACAGCCCCUCAACGGCUCCGUCCCGAACAAACUAUGCGUCAUGGCGACCGGUGGCGGCGCCUACAAGUACUACGACCGUAUCCGCGAGGCGCUGGGGGGCGAGAUUGACGUGCUGCGUGAGGAUGAGAUGGAGUGUCUAAUAAUCGGUUUGGAUUUCUUCAUCCACGAGAUCCCGAGGGAGGUCUUUACGUACUCGGAGACCGAUCCCAUGCACUUUGCGACACCUGGGUGCGACGACGACGGGAGGGAGAUAUACCCGUACCUGCUGGUCAACAUCGGAUCUGGAGUUUCGUUUCUGAAGGUCGAGGGUCCCAGGAAGUACCAACGUGUCGGUGGCACUUCCCUGGGCGGUGGUACCCUGUGGGGUAUAUUGUCGCUGCUGACGGGCGCUAGGUCCUUUGAUGAGAUGCUGGAUCUUGCUUCCAAGGGAGACAACUCUCGUGUGGACAUGCUAGUGGGCGACAUUUACGGGACCGACUAUGGCAAGAUUGGGCUCAAGAGCUCCACCAUCGCUUCGUCCUUUGGCAAGGUCUUUCGCAUGAAGCGGCAGGCCGAGUCGGCAGCGGAGGACUGCGGACCGGGGUCUUCGGAGGUGGGUUUUGGACAGGGCGAGGACUUCGCCAACGGAGCCGGGGAUGCAACCGAGGACGAUGGCGGCUUCUCGGCGGCCGACAUGUCGCGGUCGCUGCUCUACGCCAUCAGCAACAACAUCGGACAAAUCGCCUAUCUCCAGUCGCAGAUCCACAAGCUGUCGGCCAUAUACUUUGGCGGAUCCUUCAUCAGGGGUCACCCGCAAACCAUGAACACGCUCAGCUACGCCAUCAAGUUCUGGAGCAAAGGAGCGUCGCAGGCUUAUUUCCUCAGGCACGAGGGGUACCUGGGGGCCGUUGGGGCCUUCCUGAAGAGGCAGCCACGUAACUGGGGCAGGAGGGGUAGCUUCGAGGAGAGCGCCACGAGGAGGAUGAGGGAAAGGGGCACCAGUUGCGCUAGGGAAGAUGAGGACCAGAGGCCGGUCGAGCCGGUUAUGCCAAGUGGCGCGACCGAGUGAGCAAAUCGAGACGCUCGGGGCAGAAGGUGGCAUCGAACACUGCCACCGGUCUCUGGUGCGGCUGUUGGGUCCGGCCGGUUUGAGUUGAAGCUGGCGGGUCUGCUAGUCUACUUGUGGUGUUUGUUUCCUAGUUUCUGAUGCGGGUUACGAUUAUGGGAUCCACAUAAAAGACGGUCUUCCUGUGCAGAGCACGUGUGCAAACUGGGAGCAUCUCAGGACUAAGCCACGUUACGGCUAGUUCAUUAAACCUAACGGUCAAGAGGGGACUCUCUGCAAGGCUAUUUGCUCGCAAGGGGCUUCAGCUGCCAAUAGAGGCAAACAACUGGGGACGUGACGAGAUGGGUUUGAGGGGAGACGCGCGUGAACAAUGAAGAGAGCCAUCGACUAGCGUGGGAGAUUCCCCGGAUAUCCGAACGACCGUUUUCUCUGUUCAGCUCCCCUCCAGUUGGGCACUGUCACAUCACGUAGCAUUUAGCAACAGCGGAAUAUUUUUUUGGCGGG